AUGGAGGAUUUAGAAACGUAUCCAACUGAAAAUGAAAGAAAAACAGCAGUGGCCGAGUUGAUUCGUAAAUCUCAACAAUCGACAUCAAAAUUUAAUAACUGGUUGCAGUCAGCGUCUAAUUUGACUGCAGCUAGUUUUGUUGUAUCUCACGAAAUCAUGAAAUCUGGAAAACCGUACACUGAUGGAGAAUAUAUUAAAAAAUGUUUUAUUGGUAUGUCAGAACAUCUCUUUUCUGAAUUUAAAAAUAAAACAGAAAUAAUCAAUAAAAUAAAGGAUAUUCCAUUGUCGGCAACUAAUGUUCGUGAUAGAGCUAUUAGAAUGGCUGAAAAUAUCUCAGAACAACAGUUUUCCGAUCUGAAGUCAUCACCUGUAUUUUCCUUAGCUUGUGAUGAAUCAUGUGACAUUAAAAACAUCGCUCAACUCACUUUAAUGAGACGGUAUGUUUCGUCUGCGGGUGUUCAUGAAGAAUUACUGGGUUUACUACCGCUCAAAAGACAAACUCGAGGAGAGGACAUUUGCGCUGCAAUUACAGAAUUUUGUAAAGAGAAAGAAAUCAAUUUAGAUAAGCUGAUAUCUCUUUGUACUGAUGGAUCACCAAAUAUGAUUGGUAAAUAUAAAGGAUUUAUUACUCUUUUUGGCCAAAAUGUGAAACAUGAACUACUAUCUUUUCAUUGUAUUGUACAUCAAGAAGCUUUAUGUGCUCAAACAUUUCCAGUUGAAUUUAACCAAGUCAUGGCACUAGCAGUGAAAAUUAUUAACAAAAUCAUAGUUUCAGCUCUGAACCAUAGACAGUUUCGUGCAUUACUUGAUGAAGUUAAUGCCCGAUACAAGGAACUUUUAAUGUUUAAUAAUGUACGCAUCAACUACCCCGAAUUGUGCGAUAAUAUGUGGCUACAAAAAUUGUAUUUUGCUGUAGAUUUGACUUCAUCUCUAAAUCACUUAAAUAAAAAGCUUCAAGGUAAGGGAAAUACAGCACAUACACUACUGGAAACUGUUCUUUCUUUCGAACAACAACUUCAACUUUUUUCAGAAGAUAUUGACAGCGGAAAUCUUGAUCAUUUUGAAUCUUUGAAAGAGUACACGGAAAGCUCAGGUUGUAUUAUUGAUUUGGACGGUACACCAAAAAGUUACAAUGUGCCAUUACCGGCAAUUGAACUGAAGUUCCCUACGGGAAUAGUUAUUGCACCGUUAGAUUCUCAAGCCACGAGAUCUUACGUUUUACCGUGGGUAGCACGCAAAUAUGAGAAAUUGGUAGAUGAAGAACCAUAUGUGGUCACUAUAGCUGACAACCGGACCGUGCAGGUUCACGAGUACGCUGAAUUCACAGCAAGGGUGUCUGAACUUCAUCAGGUGACGUUCAGAGCCGCAGUAGUCGACCACUUGAUUGGGGACAUCUUCCUAGGACAUGAACUUUUGGUGAAACAGGAAGUAUCAUGGGAUUGA